UUCCGCCGCCACUGAUAUGCGCCAAGAGUCGAGACCCUAUUGACUAGUCAUUAGGUUAUCGUGGCUUGUCAAGUGUCAGUCGUGUCUCUAAAAAAAUCAUGACGUCCGUCAGCGAGAUCGACGCGGUGUCCAAAUCGAAAAAGCCGUCGGAUAGCGCGUUCAAGCAGCAGCGGCUACCGGCCUGGCAACCGAUACUCACAGCUGGCACAGUCCUGCCGACGUUCUUCGUGAUAGGAGUCGCAUUCAUACCGGUCGGCAUCGGACUGCUUUAUUUUUCUGACGAAGUCAAGGAACAUAUUAUAGACUACACCUACUGCAGCUCCAUCGAGCACAUCGGAGACAACGGCCUGUAUAAGAAGUGCGCGGACGUAAUCGCGGCGGAUGCGACGCAAACCUGCAAGUGCAGGAUAAAUUUCGAGCUGACCACGGAGUUUGCCGGCAAGGUUUACAUGUAUUACGGCCUGACGAACUUCUAUCAGAAUCAUCGUAGAUACGUAAAAUCUCGGGACGACAAUCAACUGCUGGGACAGCUGAGCCAGAUGGUCUCGAGUGACUGCGAGCCGUUUGCCUAUGACGAAGUGACUCCCAACAACAAGACUCCCAUCGCUCCGUGCGGCGCCAUCGCGAAUUCGCUCUUCAGCGACAAUCUGACGCUAUACUCCGUCAAGCACACCAUGUUUGUACCGUUGCUAAAAACCGGCAUAGCCUGGCCGUCCGAUAAGAAUAUCAAAUUCAAGAAUCCAGAGGGAAACCUGACGGACGCGUUCAAGAACUUCGCCAAGCCUAAGAACUGGACUAAACACAUCUACGAUUUGGAUCCCUUGGAUCCUGAUAACAAUGGAUUCCAAAACGAGGAUUUAAUCGUGUGGAUGAGAACCGCUGCGUUGCCCACUUUCAGGAAACUCUACCGCAGGAUCGAUCACUCCCAGGAUGGCUUUAAGAAUGGCCUGGUUGCGGGAAACUAUACUCUUAACGUCGACUAUUCAUUUUCAGUAUCCUCCUUCUACGGAAAGAAAAAGAUGAUUUUAAGUACAACCUCGCUUUUGGGAGGAAAGAAUCCCUUCCUCGGUAUCGCUUACAUUGUUGUGGGGAGUUUGUGCUUGCUGCUGGGCGUAGCACUACUCAUUAUACAUAUUAAAUGUUCCAAAAGCAAACUAAUGUAAAGACGACUACAAGAAAGUAUUCUUAAGGCACCCGUGUAUGUUCUUCACCGCCGACAUGAUCAGUGUGACUCCGACUACGGAAUAUCAUCAUUAGGGACGACUCGUUUACUCGAGAUGGAUAUAAUUUCAUCAGUAUAAGAGCCUAUCGUUUAUCGUAGAACGAGUGAAUUUUUCCAACAACGUUGGUUUUCGUUUUUCAGUCGUGAACUGCGGUAAAGGACAAAACUUCUGCUUAAUUUUAAAGGAUAAUUAUAUUUUAAAGGUUUUAACAGUUUCAGUAUUGCUACACGUACGGCAUACACAAUAGGAUUUUCAUAAUUGACUUAUCCUUGAAAUUGUACUACACUUGGAACUGUAAACUUCAGACAGAGCAAAUCCAAUAAUUAUUUGAAACUUGAUUGACAAUUGAGUUGCCGUCGAUACUUGACUAAGUUGUGAAUAUCCUAUUAUGGAAUACUAUACAGGGUGGGCCUAAAUGCGUGGUGUAGCCGGAAAGGAGGUGAUUCUGUGGUUCAAAAUAAGUCGAAGUGAUAAAAUUAAUUGUUUUCUCUAACAUUGCUUUCUUUUAAUCGAGACACUUGGCUGAAAUUUGAAGUUUUUGCUGCAAUUCUGUACAAUUUGUCUUUAUUGUCCCGGUUUAUUUUCCAAGAUGUAAAAUCACCUCCUUACUGCUUAUAUUUCGGGACCCACUGUGUAUAUCAGCAUAGUGAACGAAAGUAUUACACAAAUCAUACAAUGCUGAAACCAAAUGUUUAUUAAACUAUUAUUCCAUUUGUAGAUAGUAGAUUUUUUGUAAGAUGUUUUUUUUUAUUAAGAAAAAUGCGCUGCGAUGCAUUUGUCGAUGCACUUAUCUUACGUUUGCGUUUGAUUUAGAGCAAUUUAAACUUUCUAUUUUAGUCUUCGAGCUGUAAUAUAAAGAUUUAGAAGUUUAACGUAAAUUAAAUAUUUUCUUGCGGUGGCUUCGUACGAUACAACAGCCCACACAGUUACUUUCCUCUUUUGCGGUGUUUUAUUUAACUUAACUUUGACAUACCAGAGUGCAAGAGUGGGCGGCUUAACAGUGAUUAAAAAAAUUGAGCAUCUCCAAAACGCGCGAGAUCCACCUCGGACUGUUGUAUUUUACGAAGGAAACCAAAUGUUAGCGCUGUCACUUGAGGAUUAAUAUUUAUUGCGUCAAGUUAACAAUUAUAGAUUCUACGAACUUGUGUCUACGCACUUGUAAUUUCUAGAUGUCUUGAAAGCGCGAGAUAUAUAUAUAUACAUAGGGAAAAGUGGAAUAUUGCAUUUUCGGGGAAUCAGUUGCAUUGCAAAAAUGUAGAUAACGUACACGUGUAUAUUUUUACCCUUUCGAUAGCACGUUUCUUUUACGAAAUCUGAUUGAUCGAAAUGACGAACUGGUAUCAUGGAAAUUGAUUAUCGGUCAGCCAAUUGUGUUCUCGUGUACCAUGGCUCUCGAAAGUAUUGAAAGACGGCGAGGUGUCCGCAAAUUAAGCGUUCGAAUGUUGAAUCCCGAGCCGUAGCACGGCUAUAACGUAAAUUGUUCAUUAAUUUGGAUCUCUCUACGGGGACGGCGUUGCCCUCAGAAUCUUUCUUCUGAGCGCAAUUUUGAUUUAUUGUGCCUUAACUAGAUGUGCAUGCAUACCGAGCGACGUAGUAGAAGGGAGAUUCGUGUCGUAAUCACUUUGUAACAGAAACGAAUUGCCGCGAUCGCAUUGCGAUGUAAACCACUUGUGAGUGGUCAUCAAUCUAGUCUACUGUUAACAUAACGAUGUGAAUAAAGAGAAACGAUUAAAGAGCCGAGCUGCAAUA